GAUAUGCACGACAGGCCUUCAGCCGGCAUGCACACAUUUAUAAAAUCUGGAAAGUUGGGCGUAGAUAGAAAACAAUAUUGCUGAAGAAAAAUCCCACAGAAGUAGCCACCAUGCAUGUCCAAACUAAGGUUAGAGGGAAAGGUUGCUAUCAUCACAGGAGCGGCCAGUGGGAUUGGAGAGGCCGCUGCAAAGCUAUUUGCUGAACACGGGGCUUUUGUUAUCAUCGCAGACGUCCAAGAUGUAUUGGCAAACGAAGUUGUUGCUUCAAUAGGCCCUGAUAAAGCUUGUUAUCGUCAUUGUGAUGUGACAGACGAGAAGCAGAUUGAAGAAACAGUGGCUUACGCAAUAGAGAAAUAUGGCACCCUUGAUAUCAUGUAUAGCAAUGCUGGAAUCCUCGGCCCUUUGGGGAGUAUCCUAGACUUGGAAAUGGAUCAAUUCGACAAUACCAUAGCUGUAAAUCUGCGGGGUUCAGUAUUAGCCGUGAAGCAUGCAGCCCGAGCCAUGGUGGCUAAUAAAAUACGAGGUUCGAUAAUUUGCACAGGAAGUCUUGCUUCAAGUUUAGGUGGAAGUGGGCCUCAUGCGUAUACCAUGUCGAAGCAUGGUCUAUUAGGUCUCGUUCGAGCAGCUUCAGGUGAGCUUGGGAGGCAUGGGAUUAGAGUGAAUUGUGUUUCUCCUAACGGAGUUUCCACACCUAUGGCAUGUAAGGUGGCCAAUUCGGAUCCGAGCACGGUAGAUGCCAGGAGUGCUCAAUUAGCCAACUUGAAAGGAAUUGUGUUGAAGGCUGAACAUGUUGCGCAGUCUGCACUUUUUCUUGCUUCCGAUGAAUCGGUUUACAUAAGUGGACACAACCUCGCUGUUGAUGGGGGAUUCUCUGCUAUCAGCAGUAUUAUGUCGUUGACCAAACAUUAAUUCAUUAACGUUUAUUGUGUCGCGUUAUGUUUAUGUACCCAAAUCUAUCUAAAUUACCAACUAUCCAUCAUGUUAUUUUUCUUUGACAUUAAUGCAAUCUUCAAACAAG